AUGUACCAAGAAGAUGACCAGUUCUCCACGAGCUCAAAGCAUGUCCAAGCCUUCCGUGACGCGCAUCCCUAUCGACCGCAGGCGGGCCUACACCCCCAACACAACGCAGGCGGGAUGCCAGACAUGGACUGGAUCAUUGCACAGUUCCAUGAUCUACCUGGAGAUGAGGCUAAUCGCCUUCGUACCCAUCUAAGAGUCGUCCUGACGAGCGACUGGUGGAAUAAUCCAGCCGCGAACCCGAUAAAUGACGGCAUCAUCUCCGACCUCCUGCGGUUCUUCAUCAAUGGACGCUGCACCUUUUGCAACACCGAGAGGACUCAAUCCACUGGUCUCUCCUGCAUCAAAGACCACCUAGACUAUCCAAACUAG